AUGAUCCGGGCACAGAGGAUUGCGGCUCUCCGAGUCACGAGGGCCUACCGCACAGUCUCGGCUGAGGCAGCCUUAUUUCUGCGGGAACUCCUCCGGGUGAUAUUCUGCUUUUGGAACGCAAAAGAGUCCGAAGUCCGAAGUAAACUUGACGACCCGGACAGAGCUGAUUCUAAGGAUGAAAUCCGGAGAGCAGAGCGAGACAUCUUGCUGGCUGCCCUGUUCUCGAACAGAUGGAGUCGGGGGUGGAGGCGCCUGGACGCGCACGAUUCUUCCGGACCUGAUGAGAGGACGAAAAGAUGCCCCAAAGACCUCACGUUUCAUGUAACACAGGCUCUUACUGGACACGGGUGUUUCAGGCAUUACCUACACAGGAUGAAGCGCGCUCCUGAUGCGGCUGUCUGUACUGCCACAACCCUGAGGACACUGCGGACACACGAUAUUUGA